AUGCUGCAACCCCAAAAAUGCGGAAAUUCUUCUCCAACAGCAACAACAACAAGAGACCACAACAACGAGUCAGCACUCAUAACCCCAUCAUCAUCAUCAUCGGAACUCAAUCCCCAUACAAACAUUUUUGAUUCCAACAACAAGAUCCAAGGCUAUUAUUUUUCAAGUUUUGAACUGUACCAUAGAAAUCAUGUAAAAUCCGAUAAUAAUUCUCUGUUUAGUGCUUUUACCACACAAAAUUCGCAACAUCAUAACCAACAAGUACCUGUAUCUAUAUAUUUACCGUUUACUCUACGAUCUGUUCCUUUGGAAAUAACUUCAUUGGGAGAAAUUGUGGAAUCGAAGCCUUCAAAUAUUGAAUCAAACUCCGCCCGAGAAGUGUUUCAUCAGGUUGAAAAAUUUUGGAGAAAGUUCAAAGGAGAAUUUGUACAUCCAUAUCCUAUUGGAUUUCAAGCAAUUUUACGAUUACGAAGAAGAAGACGUGUGAAAAAAUCAUCUGGAUCAGAUUGGAUUACAGAUACAGCAAUUGAGAGGAUUCAAUUUAAGGUAGAAAUUAUUAGAGGAGAUGUAGGACCUCAGUUUGUGGUUACUGAUAUCUCAAGCAGUAAAGGUGUGGGGCCGCGCUUUGUGGGAAGUAGCUGCUCUCACCCUUUUAAAGAGGCAUUUCAAUUGUAUCAGCCCGACGAGGUCACAUAUACAAAUGAAAAUGGAGAAAUAACAGACUAUGUAUAUAUCGGAGUUGACAUUGAUGAUUUGACAGGAUUAAGCGCUUUUGGAUUUUGUGACCAAUAUUUACAAAGCAUUCUCAACAACCUUGCAAAGCAGAAUAAUCGAUAUUUACCUGAUCAAAUUAAUUAUUUCGAUGGAAAGAGUAAGGAAUUUUGGAAAAAUGCUUUAGAACGAGAAAAACAAAAACUCACGAUUGAAAUUAUCGAAUUGGAAAAAAAGAAACAAGCUCUAAUGAAACACUCUACAAAAUCAAAUGAAAGUGGUACUAUUCCCACCAAACCAAGAAGAGUGGUAAAGAAGAGGAGAACAAAGAGACCUGUCAAAGAUGUUGAAGAUACUCCAUCAUUUGCUGAUGGAGAGGAUUCCUUGAAAGAAGUUGCCUCGGAUUCUGAACCCCUACAACAAAUUUCUCCCAAUAAUGUGGGUUCGACAUCAUCACUUGUUUCUCCCAUUAAGAAGAUUAAGAUGGAUGCAAUGGCAACGGAAGAAUUACCCACACCAAACCGAAUUGAGGCUGUUUUUCCAGCAAAAACAACGACAAAUAAUGCUAUGGACCUCCAGAAUGAUGACAUUGAAAUUGGACCUUCGUCCACCAACAGUCAUGACGAUUUAGAGUUAAGGCUUCUUAAGGGCUCACCUCUUCCACCUUCACAUCGUCCAUCUCCAACCAAAUCCUCUGACGUAGUGUGUGAACAACUGCAACCAACUUCAAAUUCUGAAAGAAAUAUUAAAAGUCAAGAAUCCAUUGCUGAGGAUAGCGACAAGGAAGAGCAACAUCAUGCCACACCUACCCGUAUGUCACUUGUCAAUAUGCCAAAUUCACCCAAACUCGAGAAAAUUAACAUUUCUCCUGCCAAGAGAAAAACCAUUUCCUUACAGCUGAAUGAUGUAGAGGACAUACCUACCGUAUUGUCCACGGAAAAAGAGGUACCAAAGCCAUCGUCCUUAACUCCACACAAUCUCCAACAAGCGCACUCGAUGGAAGGAAGUCAUUCACCAGAAUUUGCAGUUCCUGCUUUACCAUCUUCUCAACAACGCAAAAAGAAUGCUACCUCUCAACAUCAGCAUCAUGUUGAUGCGAGUGAUGUCUCAACAACGUCUCAACCUCAGAAUGUCAUUUCACAACACCUCCUCCAUCAUGGUGGUAACACCUCUUCAAAGCCACCUCACAACGAUGAAUUGAUAACAAAAACAAGUUCCCCCAUUAUGCAAGACUCUCCACAAUUAGAUGACAUUAUUGAGGGUGAUCACGAACAAGGUGUCACAAAUACGACGAACACCAUCGACGUUAACAAUACGAAUGCAACGUCAAAUACAGCCGUUUAUGGAGUGGAAAUUCCAAGCCAUAAUAUUGUCCAAACGACGAUGACAGACGACGAUCAUGAGAAUUCUAAGCCGCAAAAAUCAACAAAAAUUAUUGAGAAAAUUGACUCGGAUGAUAGAGAAACUGAGAUUGUCCAAGUGCAACCUUCGGGUCAAACAGAUGUUACUACUUCAACACCUCCAAUAGACCAUAAGAAUGAUAAUGACACCACUUUGACAAACACCAACCAUAAUGAACAGCCAAUCGUAAAUCAGAACGAUACAAACAAUCACAUGGCCAGCAAACACGUUGAUGAUGAUGAUGAAACUCCUACUGAUAUCAUGGAAAUGGAUGCAUUUGGUACCUCUCUCAAAGAAAGGGCAGAAACAAAAUUAUCUCAAAAAGAAGAAGAAACUUUGAAUGAUUCACACUCAUCUCAGCAAAACGCAAAUCAAGAAGUUGUCUUGACCAAGACAAGAGUGAUUUCACAAGUUGGUUCAUCCUCUCCGACGAGAGACAUACACACGGACACGACAACAGCAGCAACUACAGAACAAACCACUGCAUCAACAAUCAAUAGCACGAACGUUCGAACCUCAUAUGCCUUGAUGCCAACCUUAGAAAUUCAAUUUAGCGGUGAGACGCCGUCACCCUCAUCAUCUGCUAAUAGCAAUGGUAAAGGCCAGUUCGAAAAUGAUCAACAUGAAAUGAGUGUAAAACCUUCCACAACAACAGCAGAAGUAGUUGUGGCCGUUCCUAUAGCGACCACUAGUAAUAUGGACGAUGAUGAAACUCCAAAAGAUCUCACUCCUCCAGCACAAGUUUUUGAGGACGUCUCAAUGAAUUUCAAUCACCCAGCCCAAAUCACUCCCAACACAGAGAAAAUAGCUUCACAAACCAAGACAGAUCAAAUCACCAUGGCACACCACGAAGAAGAGGUCCCAGCCACACCAACGCCUGCCAAACCACUGCUUACACGUGGUGUCUCUUCUCCUACUCGAAGCGAAAUUCUAAGUGACAAAGCAACACCAUCCCAUGAACACACUCCAGCCAUAGAGAUUUCGAGUAAAACGAUGAUUCCUGCCACGAUUGUGUUAGAUCCAUUGGAGCUUGGAGAAGACGCCGACGAUGAAGAAAUGGAUGAGUUUGCCAAUGACGAAGAUGAUAAACCACCGGCCUCUACCCCACCGAACAACACGAGUCGAAUACUUUCCUAUACAACUCCUCGUUCAGAAAGAGGAGAAGAUGGACCAGCCUCAAGUCAAGCAGCUGUGGAGGAAACUCAAUAUCCAGCGAUAAAGAUUGAUGACUUUGACUUGGUCCUCUCUCCAUCUAAAAAGAACAAUCCCUUCAUGCAAGUGCCUGCUCAUGAAAAUGAACCAUCCGAUGACGACGAGGACGAAGAGGAACAAUCUCCUACCACACCGUCACCAACCACACUUGGUCUGAAUCAACAAUUUUCAUCUCCUCCCCUCAUUAACACCAUUUCGCCCAUUGUAAAAACCAGCAUGACCUCGCCCGUUAUUUUCAACAAGAGCAACAGUUCUGAAGAAGUUGUAAAGACGGCUCGACCUGUUUUUGAGCCAACCAUGCAAAUUGAUUUUGAUGUUGACUCUGAUGACGAUUUUGUCAUGGAGACUGGCAAGAAGCAAAGCAAGCCAACUUCUCCUGUCCUCACCAACAAUUCUAAUUACAUCUCAACCCCAGAAAUGACACCAACCUUACUCACAGGUGUUGACCAAAACCAUGACGAAGAAGAAAAAAUUCAAAAAGAUCAGAGUCGAUCCUCCAAAACUUCAUCUACUGUGGACUCUGAACAAAAGAAAGUUACAGAGAUUUCUGAGGAAGCACAGAAACAGCCAUCCUCGUCUUCCUCUAAUGCAACUCCUCCUAUCGUUACUCUUUCACAAAACUCUCUUCCAAAUCAUCCCAUUUUGAAAAUCAAUAGACAACAUCCUCUUAAACCAUAUUCAAAAAUUAAGAUUAACUCUCCAGUGAUCAAUAUGGUAUUCGCUCCAAUUGGAGAACCCAAGCUUGCUAUCUGCACCAAGUUGGACGUAUCUAUUCGAGAGUUGACUGGAACAGAAUGGACCCAAACAGAACUCUUUGAUUUACUCUUUGAGGAACAAGAGCAAUUCUAUUGUGUGAGAUUCACUCCUGAUGCAGAAAUGUUAAUCAUUGCUCGAUCUUGCUUUGAGCCUUCAAUUAUUAUGACCAUGUCACUUUUAGACGAUGGAAAUCAAGAAGAAAAAAACCAAGAAGGAACAGAAACCUUCCAUGUGAGGUUUUUCGAAAUUGAUGGACAACAUCAAAAGCAAACAGGAAUUGAAAAAAAGCCUGUAUUGAGUCUUGAUGAUAUCCGAGCGCCAAUAUCCACAAUGGAAAUUAGUGGAAAAACACUUGUCGUCACAAGUACGAAUGGAGAUGUUCUCAAAUAUUCACUUGGAGAAGGCUUGAGAAGUAGAAAGGGAGUUAUCACUUGUGCUUCCCUUAAUGAAAGGGAAGUUGUUUCAAAAUUGGAAUUUGUGAGCUCAUUGUCAGGUUUUGUCAUUGGUACCUCUACUUACCACCUUGGUAUUUGGAAGCUGUCAGAUGGAUCCUUGGUGAGAAAAAUUUCGCUCUCUCCCUUCUCAAUGAUAAGAACGACGGUUAUUCAUGCAUUGACAAGCGGCAACAACCAAGGAAUACUUCUCAUGUGUAUUUACAAGAAUGUUUCGAAUAAUGUUGACAAGAAUCAACAAAAUUGUGGUCUUUUCUUCUUGAACGAAACCACAGCGCUGUUACAUACUUUUGAAAGAAAAGACGCCCCACAAAAGGUUCUCUCUCAGACAGAAUCAGACAUUAUGACAUCCAUGGACGUUGUCAAAGAUACAGAAAAUACUCCGUUCUUAGUCUCAGGAACUUCUCGAGGUCGAUUACUUCUCUUCAAUUACCGAUCAACGCAAUGUUUAGGUUUUAUUGUGGAUCUUGAUGGCGAAGUUGUUAGUGCAUGCUGUUUCCAUGAUCGCUUUCCUUUACUGGCUGCAGGAGGUACCAAACACGUUGUCAUUUAUUACCAAGACAAGUACACGAAUGAGCAGCAACAGUAG